AUGUCUUCUGCAAGUACAGAGAGUAUUCAAUCUUCAGAUAAUAACAAGUCUUCUAGACAGCCAAGAAAUAAAAGGAAUAACAGACGUCCCAAGAGUAAUAAGAAGGAUGAAUCAAAUGAUAAGAAGAAUGAAACCGAUUUUGUAAAAAAAUUAAAUAAGAAAAAUGGUAAAAGUAGGCAUGGAGGUCCAAGAAGAAAGAGAAAUGAGAAUUCCAGCACAAAUGGUUCUGUAAAAGAAUAUAUUAAACCUGAAUAUAAAGAAAAUUCAGCUUCAGCCAAACAGAGACAUGAUCAAAUAGAUCAAUGUCUUCACGCUUUAGGGAAGGAUAAUUUCAAAUUGUUUAGAAAUGGGAAAUAUGUCACCACAUAUGCUGUGAACUUCCGUAACAAUAACAUAUCAUCGUUUUUCCCAAAAGAUAUGGGUAUCAAAUUUGCUAUUAAUAUUCCACAUGAUUAUCCAGAACAGAGUCUGAAGCUGUCUAGUAAUAAGAGUAAUAGUCAAGAAACUUCAGAUAACGCAACUUUGAACAAUUUAGUAAGAAACUUCAAUAGUAAAAUGCGGAACAAUGAUAAUAACGUAUACCCAAUUCUAGCGCAGUUAAAUUAUUUGGUUCAGGAGGUUGAUUUUCUAACACAAUCAAAUUUUAAAAAAAAUGAUAACUCAAGAUCUGAAUUCUAUGCUCAGUUUACACAAACUGAGCAAACUGCAUAG